CGUCAUCACUCGGUGAGCGCCUGAGACGCGAGCAACGCGCGCCGGCGCCGCGGGCGAACAAACAGGUGGGCGCUGAUAAAGGCGCGCGUAGAAUCGAACGGCGGUGGAGUUUACCUCUGGCAGCUGGCAGUCCAGUCGACGGAAGAGAAAGCGGGGCGCGCGAGGGAGAUGUGAAUAUACAUUCGCGCGCGCGAGGAAAACGCGCGGCGAGAAAAUUCUCUCGUAGAAGGUGGCGGCGACGUGACGUGCGAACUGAUCGACGAUGAGCGCCGAGCUGGAAUUCGCGGAAAAGAGGCGUCGAUCGCGCACGGAGGUCGAUAGAUCGCUCUAUCUGCUCUUCGAGGAUAUAUCGUACAGCGUACGGCGUGGAAUCCUGACCAAGGAGAGAAGAGAAUUACUGCGAGACCUUAAUGGCGAUUUUCGACCGGGCGAACUCACGGCUAUUAUGGGUCUUUCGGGCGCUGGAAAAUCUACACUAAUGGAUAUCUUGGCAGGUUUCACGACAACAUCGGUCACCGGCAAGAUCCUGUUGAACGAACGGGAAAGAAAUAUGUCGGAAUUUCGAAAAUUGUCCGCCUAUAUAAUGCAAGACGACAAUCUACAACCGCUUUUAACGGUGCAAGAGGCAAUGUUCGUCGCCGCCGAUCUCAAACUUAAAUUGAACCGAUGUCAGAAAUUGCAGAAGAUCGACGAAAUAUUAACAGUGAUGGGUCUCGAUGUGUCUCGUUAUACGCUUACCGGCAACCUCAGCGGAGGUCAAAGAAAAAGACUCGCCAUCGCGCUCGAACUAAUCAAUAAUCCGCCAGUCAUGUUCCUCGAUGAACCUACGAGUGGUUUAGAUAGCGUUACUUCAAAGCAAUGCUUAGCGCUUUUGAAGCAAUUAGCGCAAGAGGGACGGACUAUCUUCAACAUGAUUGAUCAUCUUUACGUAGUCGCUGAUGGAAAUUGCGUUUACACAGGCAGCACACACAAUUUGGUACCAUAUUUAAGUAGUCUAGGAUUACACUGUCCAACACAUUAUAAUCCCGUUGAUUUCUUGAUGGAAAUAUGCAAUGGCGAUUAUGGUUCUCACAUAUCCAAGCUAGUCGAAUCGAUCGAGAAUGGCAAAAGUAAUGUAUGGAGGUCAACGAAAACUUUUUAUUCGAACGAAGAAAUUAUUAUCCCGCAACAAAACGCUCCUAUAAGAUUAUAUUCUUUCGAAACGGAAUUCAAACAGACACCGCAUUAUGCCGCCAGUUCCUGGAAGCAGCUUUGCGUCCUUGUCAAGAGAAACGCAGUUAGAUUAAUUCGCGAUAGGGUCUUAACAGUCUCACGGAUCUCAAUGCACUUGGCGAUCGCUCUGCUUACUGGCACUUUAUACUUCAAAAUUGGUCAGGAUGCCGCUUACGCUUUAGACAAUUUUAAUCUGUUGUUUUUCAACAUUAUGUUUCUCAUGUACAACGCGUUUAGCGCUACAAUGAUCUCAUUUCCUUUGGAAUUACCGAUACUUAUGCGCGAGCAUUUCAAUCGUUGGUAUAAACUACGGGCGUACUAUCUGGCGAAUAAAUUGGCCGAUUUUCUCGUCCAAUUUAUUGCCACGUUCAUUUAUACCAUCGUAGUGUAUUACAUGAGCGAUCAGCUUCCCGAAAGCAGAAGACUUGGACUAUAUAUGCUCAUGUGUUUUGCCACUAGUUUGGUCGGUCAAGCGGCCGGGCUUAUUGUAGGAUCUGGUUUAAAAGUUCAGAAUAGCGUAAUUUUUGGACCGUUUGCGAUUAUGCCGUUCUUGAUAUUUAGCGGUUUUUUCGUGCGACUGAAAGAUGCACAUCCCUACUUACAUUGGCUGUUUCGCAUGUCGUUUCUGAGAUAUGCUUUUGAGGGAGUCAUGACAGCGAUUUAUGGCUACGAUCGAGCGAAAUUGAAAUGCUCGGCGGAUUACUGUCAUUUCGCUAUCCCCGAAAAGCUCCUCGCGGAACUGGAUAUGGAGGACGUAAACUACUGGUACAAUAUUACAAUACUGAUACUGAUGUGUAUUACCUUGGAUAUUGUGGCAUAUAUUAUAUUGAAUAUAAGAGUUAAGAAACGCAUAUAGUAAUACAAUGUGAUUUAGGGAAAAAAUUUAUAUAAGUAUUGCAAAUACGUGUGGCGGGCUACUUGUGUAAAUAAAAGGUCCCAAGAGGGUCUACUCCUUAAGACUGACUUAUCUCUUGUCGAAUCUAGGCAAUUAUAUCACACUUAUGUAAUAUACAUGCAUAUAAUAUAUAUUGUAAUAUACAUGUAUGCAAGAAAAUUAUAAUUAUCGGAUAAUUAUUAUAGUUGACAAACGAAUAAUAUACGUGCAUAUUUGAUUUGUUAAAUUCAAUCGUAAUCAAAAUAUAUAUUUUCAUCUCAAAGCGAAUAGAAUUGAAGUUCCGCCAUCAUAUAAUAUGCUGUUUCUUUUUUUAUAAAUGUGACUAGAAAGACAAAUUUUGAGAUUAAAAAAUUUAUAUUUGAUAAAACAGUAAAAAAGUAAUUUUUUUAGAAGAAUAUUAAAUUUUAUGUUGUGUCAUAAACUGCA